UUCCUCUGAUUUUCUAUAAUCCGAACUAUAACCCAGCACUGUUUCAUGCAAAUUAUCACCACCUCGCUACCUUGGACUGAGGAAAGCAGCUUUCGUGACCUAUGACUGGCUGUGAAUGACAAAUCAAAAGUCACCAUUUCAGCAAUCAGCUGGGCUGUUUUGUUUGUCUCUGCCCAGCUGCAGCAAGGAGAGGAGAGGGAGAAUGAAAGAAUCAGAAAAUACAGCUGGUGGACAGCAACGGUGACUUCUGCGGCAGCGGCGGCGGCGGCAGCACAAGCCUCAGCAAGCAAGGGGUGAUCCCGGUGGUGGUGGCGGCGGCAGCGGCGGCGGCAGCCCGGAGCCCUGUGCGACAACAGCAGCAGCAGCACCAGCCGCUCGGCUGCAGCACCAUGGACAGCUCAGGUGCCUCAUCUCCUGACAUGGAGACCAGCUAUGGGGGUGGUCUAUUGGACAUGAUGAAAGGAGGAGCAGGAAGACUCUUCAGCAACUUAAAGGAUAACCUGAAGGACACGCUAAAAGACACCUCUACUAAAGUUAUGCAGUCUGUUGCAAGCUACACCAAGGGAGAAUUAGAUAUUUCUUAUAUUACCUCAAGAAUUAUUGUGAUGUCAUUUCCUGGUGAAGGAGUUGAAUUGGGAUUUAGGAAUCAUAUUGAUGAUGUACGGACGUUCUUGGAUUCAAGACAUCCUGAUCACUACACAGUUUUCAAUUUGUCACCAAAGUCUUAUCGUACCACCAGGUUUCACAAUAGGGUAUCUGAAUGUAGUUGGCCUGGUAGACAAGCACCAAGUCUUCACAACCUUUAUGCUGUAUGUAAAAAUAUGCAUAACUGGUUGCAACAAAAUCCUAAAAAUGUUUGUGUUAUUCACUGUAUGGUAAGUCAGGCAGACGGUCGCGUAGCAUCAGCAGUCCUGGUCAGUGCAAUGUUCUGUUUCUGUCAUCUGUUCUCUAAUCCAGCUCCUGCCAUUCAGUUGCUAAAUUCAAAAAGACCAGGAGUUGUACUUUGGCCAUCCCAUAGAAGGUACCUAGGAUAUAUUUGUGAUCUAAUAGCAGACAAGCCCAUUCAACCUCACUGCAAGCCUCUAACGAUCAAAUCAGUCCUGCUCAGCCCAAUACCAUGUUUUAACAAGCAGAGAAAUGGCUGCCGGCCUUUUUGUGAUAUCCUCAUUGGAGAAACUAGAAUCUUCACAACCUCACAAGAAUAUGAAAGAAUGAAGGAAUUUCGUGUUCAAGAAGGAAAAAUUGUAAUUCCAUUAGGAGUCACUGUCCAUGGCGAUGUGGUUGUUUCAGUCUACCAUAUGCGAUCAACUAUUGGGGGACGACUUCAAGCUAAAAUGACAAACACACAAAUAUUUCAGAUUCAGUUUCACACUGGAUUCAUAGCCCUGGGAACGACAGUAUUAAAAUUUACUAAACCUGAACUGGAUGCAUGUGAUUCACCAGAAAAAUAUCCCCAACUGUUCCAUGUCCUACUGGAGAUAGAAAUAGAUUCUACUGAUAGACCGACUGACUUAACUCCUCCAUGGGAGAACUUUACAACAAAAGACAUCAACCCAAGCAUUCUUUUCUCUUCACAUCAGGAACACCAGGAUGCCCUUGCCAUGGCUGGUAGAGGUUCUAUAGAUGUGCCACAAGAUAACCUAAAGAAUGCUGGACAGGGUGCAUUCUUGUCAUCACUCAGCUGGCAAGAUCAAAAACUGGAGAGAAGUGGCUCACAUCCUAGUUCUGAAGACAAAGCAGCAUUGGUUCAUGAAGAAAGUGAGCAGUCGGAUGAUGAACUUUUAUCUCUCUCCAGUCAGCACAGUAACACCAGUGCUGAAAAAAUCCACGGGGUACCAAAGCACAGCAAAAAGCAUCAAGAACCACCUGCUCCACCCCCACCACCAGAAGAAGUGGACCUUUUAGGUUUGGAUGGCAGCCUUAUGAGUAAGAACUUCCCAGCAGCAGCCACUGCACCACCCUCUAAUUCAGACUUGCUGAGUGAUUUUUUUGGGGCUGCAGGAUCAAACCAAGGUGCACAACCUGCAGUUGAGGAUGUUUUUCAGAUGGGAGGAACUGGGUCUGCACAAUCCACCCCAAGACGGUCUGCAGCUUCUGCAUCCCCAUCUUUGUCCCCGAGAGUAGGCGAAGCAACCGCCUUUGAUCCGUUUGGGGGUAGUCCUAAGAAAUCUGCUCCAGAUCUCCUUGGCUCUUUUCUUGGUUCAUCAAAUGCUACCACAGAUCCUUUUCUACAGUCAGCAAGGAGCCCUUCCCCUACAGUGCAAGGAGACCCUUUUAACAUGGGUCCCUCAAAUACCCCAACGGUUUCCAUUCAACCAGAUGUUUCGAGUGACUGGGAAUGGCCUCACACAUCAGGUGGCCUGGGUAAGGGGAGCAAAUCAGCUGCUACCAGCCCUACAGGCUCCAUGCAUAGCACUCCUACCCACCAAGCCAAACCACAAACCCUGGAUCCUUUUGCUGACCUGGGGACUCUUGGAGCAAAUCUAGCAGGUUGUCCUUCCUUUGCCAGCAAGCCCAGCACACCUACGGGAAUGGGAGGAGGAUUUCCUCCUAUGGGAUCACCACAGAAACCAUCUCCCCAGCCAAUGGGAGGUGGCAGCUGGCAACAGGGCACUGGAUACUCCUGGCCACAAUCGCAGACCAAACCCCAACAAAGCAUGCCACAUUCCUCUCCACAAAAUAAGCCCAACUAUAAUGUGAGCUUUUCUGCAAUGCCGGGUGGUCAGAAUGACCGUGGAAAAGGGCCAAGCAGUGCUGAUUCCAAACCAAAAAUGGCUGCUGAUUUUGAAGACCUCUUAUCUGGUCAAGGAUUUAAUGCCCAGAAAGACAAAAAAGGACCAAGAACAAUAGCAGAGAUGCGGAAAGAAGAAAUGGCCAAGGAGAUGGACCCUGAAAAGUUAAAAAUCUUAGAAUGGAUUGAAGGGAAAGAAAGAAACAUAAGAGCACUGCUAUCUACAAUGCAUACGGUGCUAUGGGAGGGAGAAACAAAAUGGAAACAAGUGGGCAUGGCAGAUCUCGUCACUCCAGAGCAAGUGAAGAAGGUUUACCGUAAAGCAGUGCUUGUUGUUCAUCCAGAUAAAGCUACAGGACAGCCAUAUGAACAAUAUGCAAAAAUGAUUUUUAUGGAGCUCAAUGAUGCCUGGUCAGAAUUUGAAAACCAAGGCCAAAAGCCCUUGUAUUAGUGUACUCCUCAGACAUUGCUGUAGACCUGUGCUAGUGCUUGUAUAGUUCCUUGCCACAAGAUUUUCACAAUUGAACUGAUACCUGGCUGGAAAUGUGAAAAUAGUAAAUCUAGUCCUAAUACUGAAAACUUUCCUCAUGGAGAGGGGAAGGCUAUUUUUUGCACCUGCCAUGACUUAUAAAGGCAAAGAAAGAGUUCUUGGCAUUAAUAUAAUAGUGUUAAUUCAGGGUGAAACAGGGUAGGUAAGGAGACAUUCCAGCAAACUGGGAUAGUUUUCUAGGAAUGUGAGGUAAAAUAAAUGGCUUCUUCUGACCUUAACCAAGUGGACCCUGUGCCAUGAGGGAUGUGGCAUACUCUUGAAAGUUUGCAUCCAAGACAAACUUCCUCCAAAUGUUCAUUCAUAUCCAGCUAUUCUCCAUACACUAUCUUUCAUAAUUUGACCCCUCAGUUAUUGGCUGUAGUAUGUUUUUGAAUCUGACAGCUUGGCAAUUGGUUGUCUCUGGCAACUUACUGCUGCCUUAAGCAUAGUACUGUAUUUCAUGUUUCAGACAAGCAAAUAACCAGGCAUUCCACACUACCAUAGAAUCUGUGGGAUGUCUUUAAAUUAUUUAAAUUAUUGAAUAUGUUAUGCAGACAGAAUCCAGUUUGAAGAUGAUACCCAAAUUGACAUAGUACUGAGUUGACUAUCGAGUACUGAUAAAAAGUGAGAAUACAUAUUUUGCAAAAGCUUUUAAAAAUCCUCAAUUGAAAUAAUGUUUUAUGACUCCACACAAAAACAAAGAGGAAUCCUUUCUUCCCCUUCAAGAUGUUGAAGUUAUGCCUUUCUUCACAGUUUAUUAAAUGAAAAGUUAAAAAUAUCCAAUGUUUCCCACUGCAAUUGUGAAGAGACAUAGUUUCACCUUCUAAAUCUCUUGGCUAAUUGAAAACUUUCUUGGUGUGAUUAUGUUAGAGCAGAAAAGCAGUAAAAAAUAAAAUAAAUCAAAUCUACUUACCUGCAAAAGAUAUAUUGGCCCAGUAAGCAAUAAUGUUCAUAUAUUCACAUGGUAGUGUCUGAAAAGAUAAAAUGAAAGUUAUGUUCUUUUUCAUUGUCUUACAAAACUAAUUUCAUAUAGCACUUUUUUCCUUUUUGUAAAGGUUUUUUCCUUUUGCAGAAAACAAUUGUAAAGGCAGUUUUAUUUACUGACAUCUGAAUGAAAUCUAGUCCCUCGUGCAUGAGGGGGAUUAAUAUGAUGUGCUCAUUUCCUCUUCAAGCAGUUGACAUUCGGUCAAUUUGAAAUGACAGCUAUGAAGAACUGAAGUUCCUUGAAGAGAACCACUGUGUUGAUGAGCUUCUGAAAUGACAUCAGUUUUUGACUACAAAAUAUUUUCGGUUUGUUGAAGGCAUGGUGGCAUGAAAGCCCCAUCAUACACUGGAUCCUGCUACACAACCUAUUUCCUCAUGAGUACUGUUUAGCAGUGGUGCUCAACCUGGGUCCCCAGAUGUUUUUGGCCUUCAACUCCCAGAAAUCCUAACAGCUGGUAAACUGGCUGGGAUUUCUGGGAGUUGUAGGCCAAAAACAUCUGGGGACCCCCGGUUGAGAACCACUGGUUUAGUGGUAGACUAGACACUAGAUUCACUACAUGAGAAAAGUGGUUAUCAAUAUUUUCACUAAGCAGCUAGUGAACAGGCAGAAAGGUUUCCAUAUACAUUCUUAAACAGAGAAUUCUGGUGUGAAAAUCUUUUGUCAAAUUGAUGUUUUUAAAAGACAAUCUGUUUUUUGUUGUCCUGGUUUUCUAGUGGGGGAAACCCCUUUCUGCAGAUACAGCAUGUCAACCAGCCUACAUUUAUUUUUUAUAUCAAUGCCAUCUUUUUGUUGUUUUAAUCCAUUAUUUAUUGCCAUUUACUGCCAAUGUGAAACAAAACAUCAAGUUCUCCUUUUUAUAUUAACAUUGAACAACUAUAACAAACUGGAUGUUAUUUAUUAACAUAUAAUGAUAUGUUUUGAUCAAGUAUGUGCUUGUCUAUUAAAAACAUUUUGGAAUGUGAAUCAUGUUCCCGUGAAUUGUUUUACUCUUUCAUCAACAUCUGUAGAUAUUGUGUGAAUUAUGCUUAUGAUAUACAAAUGGUUUAAAUUCAUGUAGCAUACAUUUUUGAAAUUCCAAAAAUGACACUAGCUUUGUACAUUACAUUUAACUGGUUUAUUUUUUUAAAGCCCUGGAUAACUCAGUUUUUCCCAAAAUAGAAGUUAUCAUUGAAACAUCUAGUUCAAUAAAAGGAAAAGAAAACACCACCUUUAAUUCUAGUGUGUUUAAGGUGCACAAAAGCAAGCCUUGCUACUGAAUUCCUUCAUCUUACCCUCCUUUUUCUUUUGGAUAUAUCUGAUAGUUACAAAACUUGUCAUUGUUCAGGUUUACUGUCUGAUUAAAACCUUUACUGUAUUUUUUGGUGUAAAUAUACAAUAUACGCAAUUGUGACUGGUCUAAAAUAUUUGUAUAUAUUAAAAAUUGCAAAGAACUCA